AUGCCGGAGGAGCGUGGUGGCGAUGAUAUGGAAUGUGGGCAGCUGCCUUCGGACACUCUCAGACAGGUGACGGUCCAGCGCCACCCCCACUACGGAUUCGGCUUCGUGGCCGGCAGCGAGAGGCCGGUGGUGGUGCGCUCCGUGGCAGCAGGCGGCCCCUCUGAGGAUAAACUCCUGCCAGGAGACCAGAUCUUGGCCAUCAACAAUGAGGAUGUGAGUGAAGCCCCCAGAGAGAGAUUCAUCGAGCUUGUCAGGAAGGCCAAGGACUUCAUCAUCCUCACGGUCCUGCACACCCACCAGUCUCCCAAAUCUGCUUUCAUCAGCGCAGCCAAGAAGGCGAAGCUAAGGUCCAACCCGGUGAAGGUCCGAUUUUCAGAGCAGGUGACAGUCGGCGAGACAGACCCAGACAUGUUGAAGAAAGAAGCUCUCCUCCUCAUUCCCAAUGUGCUGAAGGUUUUCCUGGAGAACGGGCAGAUCAAAUCCUUCACAUUCGAUGGCCGAACCACUGUGAAGGAUGUGAUGGUGACAUUGCAGGACCGCCUGUCCCUGAGGCACAUCGAGCACUUUGCGCUGGUCCUGGAGUAUUCCAGCCCGGAGCAGAGCCACCGGUUUUUGCUGCUCCAGGACAAGCAGCCACUGGCCCACGUUGUGCAGAGGACACACUACCAUGGCAUGAGAUGCCUCUUUCGUGUGAGCUUCUUCCCAAAGGACCCGGUGGAGCUGCUGCGCCGGGAUCCUGCAGCAUUCGAGUACCUGUACAUCCAGAGCCGCAACGAUGUGAUCAGAGAGCGCUUUGGCACAGACCCCAAGCCAGAGAUGCUGUUGGGGCUGGCUGCCCUCCACAUCUACAUCACCGUCUCAGCCACCCGCCCCAGCCAGAAGGUCUCCCUCAAGAACGUGGAGAAGGAGUGGGGCCUGGAGCCCUUCCUGCCCCCCUCGCUCCUGCAGCUCGUCAAAGAGAAGAGCCUUCGGAAAUCCCUCUCGCAGCAUCUCAAAGUCCACCAGAACCAGCCUGGCGGCACCAAGGUCUCCACGGCCCAGGCAAAGCUGCAGUACCUGAGGAUCCUGAACGAGCUGCCCACCUUUGCUGGGGUCCUCUUCAACACAGUGGGACUGGAUGAGAAGCAGCCAGCGACCACGCUUCUGGUGGGACCCCGGCAUGGCAUCAGCCAUGUCAUUGACCUGAAGACCAACCUCACCACAGUGCUGUCGGAGUUCAGCAAGGUCAGCAAGAUCCAGCUGUUCAGGGAGAACCAGGGGGUGGCCCGGGUGGAGACAAGCAUCCUGGAUGCCAAGCCGCUGGUAUUGCUGAUGGAGUGGCCUGAAGCCACCAACUUCGCCUGCCUGAUCGCAGGCUACUGCCGUCUCCUGGUGGACUCCAAGAAGAUGAUAUUCUCCAGGGCCCCCAGCCAGCCACCCCCACCUCAGAUUAUCAAGGCAGAUUACAUCAACACACACAACCUACACCGGCCCGCUGCGGCGGGGCACACGGGAAAGAAAGAGAGCGGGUUGGUGGGUGGCUCUGCCACCGGCACCGGAGCAGCUGGGGUUCCAGCUGCCAGGGCUUCAGACUCAGAGCUCAUCAGCUUUUGCUACCUGCAUAUGCGAGAGCAGAGGAAGGAAAGAGAGAGCAGGACAGAUAUCAAUGAAAACCUGAUUUUUUUUGAGGAAACUCGUCCCAGGACCAAAUCCGACCCCACUUCCAAAAGCUCUGGCCAAGGCUACAAUGGGGCAGCUAACCAGUAUGACCCAGAUGGCCUUGACCAAGACAGGCACGCAAGCAGGGCCAGGGCACAUACCAUAGACACCCACCUGCGGAGCGAUGCCUCACACUUCUAUUGUGAGUCCUGCCAAGCCAAAAUCAAGAGCCGGCUGGCCUCAUGCAAGGGGAGCAAGCCUGGCAGCACCCGUGACAAUAUGGUGGACUUGAUGUCACUUCCCCCUCCUGGGAGCGAUGAGGAAGAAGAUGAGACAACGUCCCUGCUCCCCGCCAUCGCUGCCCCCCCUCCUGGCUUCCGAGACAACAGCUCAGAUGAGGACGACCCCAAGCGCCGGGCAGCUGCCCAGAGCCAGGAGCAGGGCCGGCACCUCUGUGGCAUUCUCUACGACGAGAUCCCUGUCACGCUGAUAGACAACGUGCAACCACGGACAGUCCGAGACCAUGCCCAAGAGCUGGACGAUGCCCUGGUGUCCACCCUGCAGGCACUGGAAGCCCUGGCUGCUUCAGAGGAUUGUCCGCAUCCCCCACCACAGCAGACAGCAGGUCUUAUUGUCCUGGCUGCCAUCACUCCUGAGUCAUCCUUGGAUUCUGGCCAUGAAACCAACUCUUCAGAGCUAACUGAUGUCUCAGAGAUGGUCUCUGCUAUGAAACAGCAUCAGAACGCAGCCUACUUCCUCGCUCAACACAUCAACAAAGAAAACCUCCUGGCCAGAAAAGACCUGCCUUUCCGAAUACAGAGCUGUGCUGCCCAAGCUGUUCUCACCUCACCCUACUCCCUCAGCCACCAAGAGCCAAGCCCUUCACUGAAGCCAGCUUUCCCUCACCAAAGCCCCAGCCUUAGCAAUUCCAAGAGCAAACAGGAGCAGCAGCAUGCUGAUCGGACCUACACCUUGGCUGUCCAGCCGAUGCUGACCCCCCAGCUUAAUGAGCAGAACAGGGGGGCUCCAGUGCCAGGCUCUGAGUGCAAGGGUGCAGGCCACACAAAAGCUGCUUUUGAGGUAUCGCUGCAUGCCACAGGAGCCCUGAGCGGGGAGAAGGCACAGGAUCUACAAGAGAAGAUGCUCAAAGAGGUCCAGCCGAGCUCCAAGCUCCUCCUGGAUCAAAAAAGUGGUGUAAAUCCAGCCAUCAUUUCAGCUGCUCUGCAGCAAGUGGCAAAUGCAAAAGGCUCAGCUCCCCAAGUGGUAGCAGCCUCAAAAGAAGACAAGAACAUGAAUGGUACCAGCAGCUGUGCAUCAGCCAGCAGCAAGCCUUUGAAACUUAAAGGAGGUCCACAAACUGCAGAGAUAUUAUGCAACUGUCAGCAGCAGCAGCAGCAGCAGCAGCAACUCUCUCCACAGCAGUGCUGUGAAGUUUCUCCAAGUGCUAAAGAAGCUCAUGGCAGUAAGGCUGAAGCUUUCCACCUCGCCUCAGCAGGUGAGGAAACGAUGCCUGGUAAGACUUUUGCCUCUAAAAGCUACCAGCAAAAAGUGAGUAGAGAUGCUUCAGGAAAAGCCACAAGUGGAGAGCUAGGUCAGAAGGCAGGUGGGGAAGCCACAAGCCUCAUCUUUCAGAAACACACAGCUCCUUCAAACCAAGGACAGAAAACGCAACAGGAAAGUUCAGCCAAAAGCUUAAAAGCUGAGAGUAGCAAUCUGCACUCUCCAUCACCUGGUAGCACUUUCAGGAGCACCAGUGAGGAACCCAAAGGGCCAGUCCAGCUGGUGCCCAGAUCUGAGAGCCUGCAGAUCAGCACUGUGCCUUCCAAAAAAGAAGAAAAAGUCCUGGAGGUAACCCAACAAGAUGCUGAUAUCCCAGCUAAACCCAAAGCUCCAAAAGCUCCCUUCAGGUUGAGGAACCUGUUCUCUGCAACAUUUCCAACUCGGCUGAAGAAGGAGACAGAUGAGCGGCAGGCCCAGCUGCAGAAGGUGAAGCAGUAUGAGCUAGAAUUCCUUGAAGAGCUGCUCAAGCCAAAGAACAAAGGUGACCUCCCACCACAGGAGUAUCUGCACCCUCCUGCUCCUGGGCGCUGCAGCUGCCAGCUCAGGAGCAGUCCUGUGCAAAAAGUCCCAGGGAUGUCCAGGGAGCAAAGGCGCAGCUGCGACUGCAAGCGGAUUUGCAGGGGGGUGAGGCCACCCCCUAACCAGCUGGUGAUGCCAGAACUGGAGAGGCGAGGAAGGGAUAAAGUUACUGAUGACCAGAAACAGACAGAAGCCAUUAGGUUGACAAGUGUGAGCAGCCCUUCCAAAGGCAAGCGGAUACGAUCCACAAGUUUAGAGUCCAGAGACUACCGGUCAGAUCCAGAAAACAAUGUGUCCUGUUUGACAACGUGCACUUCCCAGGCGGAGUGCAUGGGUGCUCCCCACUACAGGAAGCUCUUGCGUCGCUACAGUGUCAGUGAAAUAGAUAAGACUGAUAGGACAUCCCUGUCCUCUGACAUCUACCAGAACAUCUAUACAACCAAGCAGAAAGGCCCCCAGAAAGAGCCUGAGCCCAGCAUCCUUUGUCCUGUUCUGAAGAGCAAAAUCCAGGAAGCCUCUGGAGUGGCUGACCCCUCCUAUGUCCAGAUAGCACAGGAGAAAAAGAACCAGAAGAGUUCAGCAGUGUUCUCUGUCCAGGAGGAGAUGUAUCCAAGUCCUGCUGAGCUGCGGGAUGAAGACAUGGAGGAUGAGAAGUGCUGCUCCAUCCGGUACUGCUUCUACUACAGGAAAUGCGAUGUUGCAGAUGAUGGGAGUGAGAAGGAUGAGCUGUCCUAUUCCAUCCCCAUGCAGAUACUCCCAGGAAUGAAGCUGGACAAUCAGAUGGUCCCAGUCAUGAGCAGGACUCUUCAGGUCCUAGAUGCAACAGCCUGCAGCAGUCCCAAUGACAGUCAGACCCAGGAAAUAGAUUUAAGGACCUCCAGUUUUGAGGGGAGCUUGGCAAAGAUCAACACCCUUCGAGGCCAUGCCUACAGCUUUCCCAAUGGGUUUCUGCAAGUGCAGCUGGAUACCAAUGAGCUCCUGACUAUCCUGAGGCAAUGUGUGGUGAGCCCUGACGUCCGGGACUGCAAACCCUACAUAUCCCAGCUGGCUGAGUACAAGCAAGAGCUCGCCCUCAAGUUCAAGGAGUUUCGGGCAUCCUGCCGCCGUGUGGCAGCCGUAGACAAGAGUCCUACCCACAUGCUCUCUGCCAUUACGAGCAGCUUCCAGGUGCUAAGCAGCCUCAUCGAGACGUUUGUGAGGCUGGUGUAUGUCGUGCGCUCGGAGUCCCAGCGCCAAGAGCUGCUGACGAAGGUGGAGGAAGUGGUGAGAAACUACACCUUCCUCCUGAAGGCUGCGGAGGAGUCCACGGCCAGAACGCUGAGCCACCAGCAGACCGUGGAGCAGCUCGCCCGCCAGUCAGCCACAGUUGCGACUGUCAUGAGCACGCUCACACGCUCCCUAAAGACGUUGAUCAAUAAGUAA